AGUUUUAUGAAAUAAGAUGACAAUAUGAAGAUGAAAAACAAGACGUAAUGGAGAACAAGCGUGCGAUAUGUUGGUGUUUUUCUCCUUUUGGUUGUUGCUGAAACUCUCCUCUGCAGAUUUUGUUGCCAAUUUUUCUGGCCACUCCCUUCUUGCUUUCUAUCCCUCCAACCAAACCAAAGACUUUACCCUUGACCUUUCUUUUCAUACUGCCUUUUCUUAUGGCCUUGUUUUCUCUGUUUUCAACUCUCUUGAUAUGUUAUUCAGGGUCCAACUUAGAAACAAAACAUUGACCCUUGAUAUAUCUGAGGUUGGUGGAGCUGUUUCCUCAAAGGACCUUUGUGAUUGUUAUGAUCCCUCAGAUUGGAACUCAAUAACCGUUAUUCGAACUGUAGAUUUACUCAAUAUAAGUGUCAAAGAAACUUCAUAUCAGUAUCAGUUACAUGAUGACACCGGGCCUAUCGAGAACGUCAUUUACUUUGGCGGGCUUUCUUCAUUUAUAGACAUACCAUAUCAUCAGUUCAGCGGUCUGAUGAGAAACAUUAAAGUAUCAGGGACUAACAUUUUAGAUACUGAUCCGCUCCCAGAUAAUAUCAGUGUUAAGAACAUAGAAACUAUUUCAGAAGAUGUAGAUGUGAAACCAGUUCAUGGUGAUUACCCACAGACUGUUACAGUAAACAAUUCAGAUAUAAGAUUCCCUGUUACUUACACAACCUUUACCAACUUUAGCUUAUCAUUUGAGUUCAAAAGUCCUGAAAAUGUGCUUCAGUUUCUCUCUUUUGAAAUGGGGCAGUAUUAUUUUUAUCUGAGAAAAGACUAUAAACAACUCAUCUUGGAGUCUAACUUACACGGAAAACACUCCAAGUUAGCGGUUGAACUUACCUCCGUAAAACAGUGGGUCUCUGUUGGUCUCAAAGUUUCAGAUCAAAUCACGCUGUUGAGCUCUGAAGAUCGUAACAACGAGAUUGAAUCAAAAAGACCAAUAGCCAACACACGGCUCAACAAGCGCCCGCUUUACUUCGGUUCAAACCCGGAAGUAGCAAGCGCCGGGUUCCGGGGUUGUGUAAGUAAUUUUGUGUUAGAUGGAGAACCGUUUCCUCUUUCUGAACACGCUCUGAGUCAAGCAGGUACACUAGUUGGGUGCUGGUAUCCGAGUCAGGGGUGUGAUGAUUUGUCAUGUCCGUACUCAUGUCUUCAAACUUGGGAUGAGACUAAGUGCACUACUGUUGGAACAACGCUAAAAACUGCAGAAUUUAAUGGUUUUGGGAUCAUUGAAAUCAACAUGCCCUCACUGAUAGACCCCCAAGAUGAGGAGUUACGUGUUAGUUUCCAGUUUGUAUCGACAAGUAGUAAAGACGAUGUGCUACUUAGUCUACAGCACUCCCAACAGAAUAUGGCUUCAUUUUUGAUCAUCCAGAUGGUAGAAGGGUACCUGUCGCUGUCCCUGACGGACGAUGUACAGCUGAACACAGACUCACCUCUAGAUGACGGACAGUCUCACGAGGUCACGGUCACUGUUUCUCCUUCUAAAGUCUACUUUCGGGUUGACCUUAAAACGUGGAGUCGGUCUAACACUGUGGAUAUGGCGUCCUUCCGACAACCUACCAGCAUUAAGAUAGGAGGAAUUUCUCUCAAGCUCAACGACUACAAGUUUUCUGGGUGCCUGAGUGAGGUGUCUAUCAACAGUGUUGAACUGUUGACUCUGACCACCACCCGAUCACAAAACAUUGUCAUCCAGUCUGGAGUUCAACUUCUAGGACAUUGUCCUUUGUUAAAAGAAAACAUGGUGAUACCAGUAGAUAGUGUAACUCAACUCCUCCAGACCACUGCUCCGCCCACAACCCACCACUCUGGGGAAGGACGAACUAAGGACAAAUACGAUGACAAUAUGACGACACUGUUACCUCCAAACGAGAAGCAUUUGGUCGAUAAUAAUCCCCAUCUUGACCGCACGGACAAGAAAGAUAAGAAAGACGAACAGCUGCUAAUAGGGCUUAUGCUCGGUUUUGUCACCCUUCUCGCCAUCGUUAUUUUCCUGGCAUACUUCCUCUGGCAACGCCGCCAAAUGCACCAAACUGAAAAGAGAAGAGCACGUAAAGCAUCAGAAGAUGAAACACUUGACGAAGAAUUCCUCAACAAAACUUACAACCCUAAAAAGCAGGACAAAUACACACUGUUUACGCCUCACGCAUUGGACUCGAUUGAGGAAGAGUCAACCAGCAUGCUCAGUUUAAACAUUGCGACAUUGUGAUGACGUCACGUGGUGUUGUGGUGACGUCACGUGGUUUUUUGGUUAUGUCACGUGGUGUUGUGGUUACGUCACGUGGUGUUUUGGU